AUGGCUGAUUGGGGUCCUGUGGUGAUAGCAGUGGUGCUGUUCCUGUUGCUAACUCCUGGUCUUCUGUUUCAAUUGCCAGGGAGGAACAGAGUGGUGGAGUUUGGGAACAUGCAAACCAGUCCAGUGUCUAUCUUGGUCCACACAAUCAUCUUCUUUGGUCUCAUUACCAUCUUUCUUAUUGCCAUUGGUGUGCAUAUCAACACUGGCUAG